ACCGCCGGUUCCGGGUCCGUCACUUCCGCUACCGCCGGUUCCGGUCCGCUCACUUCCGGUCCCGGCGCCCCCGCGUGCGCGGCGCGGAAGAUGCGGCCGCUUACGGAGGCGGAGACGCGGGCGGUGUUCGAGAAGCUCGGGAAAUACAUCGGGGAGAACAUCCAGCUGCUGGUGGACCGGCCCGAUGGCACCUACUGCUUCCGCCUGCACCGGGACCGCGUGUACUACUUGAGUGAGAAGCUGCUGAAGCUGGCGGCCAGCGUGCCCCGGGAGAGCCUGGUGGCCCCGGGCACCUGCUUCGGGAAGUUCACCAAGUCCCAGAAGUUCCGGCUCAGCGUCACAGCCCUGGACUUCCUCGCGCCCUACGCCAAGUACAAGGUGUGGGUGAAGCCGGGCUCCGAGCAGUCCUUCCUCUAUGGGAACCACGUGCUGAAGUCGGGGCUGGGCCGCAUCACGGAGAGCACGGCGCAGUACCAGGGUGUGGUGGUGUACUCCAUGGCCGACGUCCCGCUGGGCUUCGGGGUGGCUGCCAAGUCCACGCAGGAGUGCCGCAAGGUCGACCCCCUGGCCAUCGUGGUGUUCCACCAAGCUGAUGUUGGGGAGUACGUGCGGAACGAGGACACGCUGACAUGAGGGACCCUCGUGCUCUCACCUCUGACUGCCCGAGGUUUGUGCAUGAAAGAGGCGCUUGAGGAAGCAGAGCUGCAGCACGCCGGAGAGGACAAUGACACAGCUCUGGGCCAUCGACCACCAGUUGACGUAGUUGUAGUUGGACUCCAGGAGGAAGGAGUCAGCCCCUUUCCUCAUCCGGGCAAAGUUGUAGAAGCGCCACAUGUGGAAGGUGUGGAUCUGCAGCUUCCGGAUGCUCACCUGCAGGAGAGGCAGAGCUGUGCUCAGAGCUGCACCUGGGGCUCUGUGCUGCAUUCAGUGCUGCACUCAGCUGCAGCUCAGCCUGAGCAAAGGACCUGUUCAGUGUCCUGGGCAGGACGUGCCCAUCCCUGCUCUGCUGGGGCACCCUGUGGCCUCCCUGACCCUCACCCCAAUUGCCUCCAGGGUGUCGUUCAGCUCCUUCUUCUCUGCUGGCUGCUUGUGCUCCAUGUUGAAGUCGUCGUAGUACACACCAAAGUUGAGAUACACCUGCA